AAAAUGUUCCAAAAAAUAAAGUUCCCGCCAAAGACCAAAUUUUCACAACAGUUGAAACCCUAAAACCCCAAUCAGCUCAUUCUACAGGAAAAACCGCGAAUGAGGGCAAACCACCGGCGAGAAUCUACAUACACCGGAGAAGCAAUGUCUUCGUAUUCACUGCCGGCGUCAAAUCCAAACCCUAAACCGUCGAAAAAGAAUGUCAUUCACAUCGGCGGCAUACCAAUUGAGUUUCCUUACCAACCAUAUGGCUCUCAGCUGGCUUACAUGGGCAGAGUAAUCGCAACUCUCGAUCGAGCUCAACGAGAUGGCCAUUUUCAUGCGUUACUUGAAUCUCCUACUGGUACUGGAAAGUCUUUGUCUCUGCUUUGCUCCGUUCUGGCAUGGCAGAAGAAUCAACAGUUAAAGUCUCUCCUUGGGAAUAUCUCUCACUCGAAACCUGAUCCCGAGGCUAUGGUUGACCCUCUGGGUCGUGGUGGGGGGUUUGUUCCUGAAAUGGAGCCAUCAGGUAAUAAUGUGGUGCCUACUUUUUCCGAGACACACAAUACUGAGCAGAAGAAAAAAAGAGGCCCUAUCAUUUACUAUGCCACGCGGACACAUUCACAGAUUAGUCAAGUUGUCUCUGAAUUUCGCAAAACAAGUUAUCGGGUGCCAAUGGCAGUUUUGGCAUCUAGAAAACGCUACUGUACAAAUGCCAAAGUUCGUGGCCAAGAUAAUAUUGAUGAGAAAUGUAAGCUACUUCUCAAGGAGCGAGGACAAAACAAAUGUGGUUGCCCAGAAUUCUUGAAUGCAAAAAAGAUCAGAGCACACCCAUCUGUUAAAAAAGGAGGCUGCUAUGAACUCCAUGAUAUCGAGGAUCUUGUUAAAGUUGGACAAAUGGUCGAAGGUUGCUCAUAUUUUGGAGCACAAGCCAUGGCAGAAGUGGCACAAAUAGUUUUUUGCCCUUAUAGUUAUAUUAUCAAUCCACAAAUCAGAAAAGCAAUGGAAUUAGAUGUUAAAGGAAACAUUAUCAUUCUUGAUGAAGCUCAUAAUAUAGAAGACAUAGCUCGGGAUGCUGGUAGUGUAGAUGCUGAAGAAGUUGUUCUGCUUCAAUUACAGAUGGAACUGGAAAAUCUUUGUCAUAGUGAUCGAGUUACACAGGCUGAUCAAGUAGAGAUUUAUCAGCCCUUAUGUGAAAUGAUGGAGGGCAUUAUUAGUUGGAUCAGACGGAAGAAAAAUUCAUUGGGGAAGCAUAGUUUUCAACAUAAUGCAUCAUGUUGGACUGGUGAUAAAGCUUUAAAAGAACUUGACGAAGCAAGCAUAUCAAAGCUGUGCUUCCCAAUCUUACAAGAAUGUGCCACAAAGGCAAUUAAAAUUGCUACAGAUGCAGACCUUGAGGUUGACCAUUUAAGUGGCAUGCCCUCUACAGUAUUAGAAGGCCUUUUCUCUUCACUUACCUACUUUUUCUCUGAAGAUGGGGCCCACAUCUGUGAUUAUCAGCUUGUAUUGCAAUGUCGUAUCAAAGGUGAUGCUGGAGUUGAUGGUGAUGAUUGGCCCUGUACUUUGAGUUUGUGGUGUUUGAAUCCAGCUCUUGUCUUCAAGAACAUUGCUGAUGCUUCUCUUUCAGUAAUUUUAACAUCUGGGACUCUAUCACCAAUGAGUUCGUUUCAAUCUGAACUUGGGGUUCAAUUCGGAACCUCUCUUGAAGCUCCUCAUGUUAUCAACGUGGAGUCACAGUUAUGGGCGGGUGUGAUUCACAGUGGGCCGGGUAAUUACCCAUUGAAUGCAAGUUACAAAACAUCCGAGGGAUAUGGUUUCCAGGAUGCACUUGGAACAUCCCUUGAAGAAAUAUGCAAAGUUGUGCCUGGUGGUUGUUUGGUGUUCUUUCCUAGCUAUAAACUUAUGGACAAAUUACGCAGUCGUUGGUUUGAAACAGGUCAAUGGACUCGCCUAAAUGCACAAAAACCUGUUUUUGUUGAGCCAAGAGGAAGCCAGGAUGAUUUUGAGCAAGUUUUGAGUGGUUAUUAUGAUACAAUUCGUGGCAAGAAACCUGCAAUUGGGAGGAGAAGGGGUAAAAAGGUGGAAGCAGUAUCAUGUUCUAAAGGGAAUGAUAAAAAGGGAGCUACAUUUCUUGCUGUCUGUCGAGGAAAGGUGUCUGAAGGAAUUGACUUCUCAGAUGAUAAUGCUCGAGCGGUUAUAAUUAUUGGGAUUCCUUUUCCAAACGUGUUUGAUAUUCAAGUGGCAGAAAAAAAGAGAUACAAUGAUACUUUUAAAUCCUCUAAAAACCUUCUUAGUGGCAGCGAAUGGUAUUGUCAGCAAGCUUUCAGAGCUCUUAAUCAGGCAGCAGGCCGUUGCAUUCGACACAGGUCGGACUAUGGAGCCAUAAUCUUCCUAGAUGAGCGAUUUCGUCAAGAAAGAAAUUUAAGAUACAUUUCAAAGUGGAUAAGGAAAUCCAUUAGACAAUAUGACAACUUUGACCAGUCAUUGGAAGGAUUAAAGUCCUUUUUCAAGAACAUCAAGGUUGAGAAUGAUGCAAAAGAGGUGGUUGAUGUUGAAGUCAUUGAUGUAGAGGACCCAAGAAACCUGUUCACAGAAAUGAUGAACCAUAAAAUUAUAAGUAACCCCAAACCAAAAGGAAGAAGAUCUAUGUCAGAUGCUGUUAUUUCACCACCUGAAAUAUUAACAAAUAAAAUAAAAAAGUUUCCAAUUACAAGUAAAAAGUUUCACUGCCCCUCCCCCAAAACAGAAUCUAGACCUCAGGAAACAAUUAGGGGAGUGAAAAAGAGUGACAGCAAUACUGGUAUAACUUACACCGACUCCAAAGGUGAUUUGGAGACAAAAAACAGGUUUCCAUCGCCACCAUCAUUUAAUAUAUCUCAUGAUGACGAUUUCGACUUAACCAUUGUUCAUGAAACCCCGAGAAAUGACGAUAAUGCCCUUGAUCAUGAAUAUGAACCACCCAUUGUGAAGGAAACACCAAUCAAGAACAGUUACCCUGCUACUCUUGAAUCUGUCUCCGAGUCAACCAUAAUCCAAUCAAAGUUUCCCACUCGUUCCUUUUCUUCCCCUUGUUCCACUUCAGCUUCUGAAUGCAUGAACACAACAACAACACCACCUAAAAAACAACAAAUCCCUCAAAACAAUUCACCUCUAGAUUCAAGUGUCAAUUCCCAUUUUCAUAAAAGAAGAAAGUCUUCAGCUUUUGCAUCAGUCAAGAUGGCCCACUUUGAUUCCCCUGAAGAAACCAUGAAUCUUGGUGAUGAAACCAAAAAAUAUCUAAAAAUAUCGUGUUCACUCUGUAAAAAUCCGCUGGGUCUUGCGGAAAAUGACUAUUCUGUCCCUUGUUCUUUGAUGUCGUUAUCUAAAGUGCAUUUGGUGUCAAGUUGGAAAGGGAGAGAAAAGGGUGGGACAAGUGUAGCUGUUGUGGUGUCUGAUAUUUGUUGUGUUGAUGGGAGAAUUUGGGAAAGAAGUGGUGAUGAAGGAAUUUGGAGCAAAGAAGAUGGCUGUGUAUUUAAUACGGCUUUCUGCCCUUUCUGUAGUGAUCAAGACAAUUGCCUUGGGUUACAUGUUGUGGCAACUGAUUCAUCCAAUGUGCAGCUUUUAAACAAGGUGCUCUUUUAUUCUGACAGACUAGAAAUCCAACAUAUCCAUACAUCAACAACAAAUAAGGAAGAAUCACCAUCUAGUGUUACAAGUUUGAGUAAAAGCGUGCUACAAAAUCCAUUUGAGAAAUUUGCCUACACAUCUCCACAAACCAACUCAAUAGGUUGGAGAACCACAAAAUCUAAGAUGAGAUUACCAAAGAAAGUCCUAGUAUCCACUACCAAAUAUUGAUGCCUAACCUUACAUGUAAAUUCUUAAUCAUUGCUAAAUUGGUUUUAAACCUAUUUUGGAAAUUUAAGAUCUAUGGUUAUUAUUAUUAACUUCGUGAUGCAUUUGAGGUGUAUGACCAAUAAAAUGUGACUAUUGUAGUUGUAACAUUCUUUAUGACCAGCC